AUGGCCGGGGAUCACGGAUCGGAUACUGUGGACACGGCACAUCAUGUCUCACCUCCUCAUGACGCCACAACCGAAAGCGCCUCACUAGAUGAUGAUAAUCAUGAGCCCGAUAGGUCUCGGGAUUCUGCGCUCUUUGGCGGCCAGGAUGAGAUUAUCAGUCAACUCGAAGUAGAUUCAAAUCGGUCCGAUAAUGACUCCUCGCUGGGAUCCGAAAUCACCUCGUGA